CCCACUGGCACCCCCGGCGUCAGGCCCGGUGACUGCAGCCAUGGCCACGGGCUUGGCCGUUAAUGGGAAAGGAGUGACAGCCGGGAAAAGGAAAUUUAUUGACGACAGAAGAGACCAGCCUUUUGACAAGCGGCUGCGUUUCAGUGUGAGGCAAACAGAAAGUGCCUACAGAUACAGAGAUAGUGUCGUCAGGAAGCAGGAUGGCUUCACCCACAUCUUGUUGUCCACAAAAUCAUCAGAGAAUAACUCACUAAAUCCAGAGGUCAUGAAAGAAGUCCAGAGCGCCCUGAACACGGCCGCUGCCGACGACAGCAAGCUGGUGCUGCUCAGCGCAGUGGGUAGCGUCUUCUGCUGUGGGCUCGACUUUAUUUAUUUCAUUCGGCGUCUCACAGAUGACCGGAAAAGAGAAAGCACCAAGAUGGCCGAGGCUAUCAGAAACUUCGUGAAUACUUUCAUUCAGUUUAAGAAGCCUAUCAUUGUAGCAGUAAAUGGCCCAGCCAUUGGUCUAGGAGCCUCCAUAUUGCCUCUUUGCGAUGUGGUUUGGGCUAAUGAAAAGGCUUGGUUUCAAACACCCUAUACUACCUUCGGACAGAGUCCAGACGGCUGCUCGACCGUUAUGUUCCCCAAGAUUAUGGGAGGAGCGUCUGCAAACGAGAUGUUGCUCAGUGGACGGAAACUGACAGCUCAGGAGGCGUGUGGCAAGGGCCUGGUUUCCCAGGUGUUCUGGCCAGGGACCUUCACCCAGGAAGUCAUGGUUCACAUCAAGGAGCUCGCCUCGUGCAAUCCAGUCGUGUUGGAGGAGUCCAAGGCCCUGGUGCGCUGUAACAUGAGGUUGGAGCUGGAGCAGGCUAACGAGAGGGAGUGUGAGGUGCUGAGGAGGAUCUGGGGCUCGGCACAGGGCAUGGACUCCAUGCUGAAGUACCUGCAGAGGAAGAUCGACGAGUUCUGAGGGCGGCUGCUCAGAGCGGGACAGCCCAUCCUCACGACCAGAAAUGCGUCCACCUGUAGCUCAUCCUCAGAAGCAGGACUGGAGACAUCCAAGCUAUUUAUUUACGAGGGGUUUUUAAGUCCUGUACCUUUAAAAUAAAUAACUACAAAGCUCUUUUGUCCACACCUUACUUUAUACUUCUCCACACACGAGUAUAAAAACCAAGGGGUGGGCAUGGACCGCUCUGGAAGCGCUUGCUUUUUGUUGCUUUUGACUAGUACUAUACAAAAAGAAUUGUGUUUCACUCGUUUGGGUGACAGAAGAGUCUGGAGUAAUGUUUGUUUCCCUCAUUCUGCUAGAAGGAAUGGGAGCCAGCCUCCCCUCUGCCCCACAGAGAUGCAAAGCCUGGGCUGCUGCUGUCUCCCGGGGCUGCGCGGAUGCUUCAGAGGUGCAGAAUUCUAAGCAGCAAGAAGCCGCCUUUGGGCAAGGCCCUGGACUCGGGCUGGCUGUCGGUGGGUCUCCCUUCUAGCAGCCCAGGUCUUACCCAGUUGACGUGAGGAAACCACUGUCUUUAGGAGGGGCUUGGCAGUAGUGGUCACUGACUAGGUUAAGAAUGAGUACCUAAGUUCUAAGUUAGUUUUAGUGGGUUUUGAAUAGUUUUUCUGACCCUUUUGAAAAAUAACUCCAUUAAGUGCUUCUUGUUGCUGGGUGAGAAAUACUACUUUAUAUACAGUUUUGGUUUUCUAUCUGCAGAUAUGGUUGAUGUAUUACACCAAAAAAAAAAGUAUUUUUAUGUUUAUAAAGUGUAAUUUUUAGGUUCACUUAGAAUAUAUUUUAUUUAAUAAGUUAAAAUUCUUUCUGGCACACUAUUAAAUACAUAAAUUCCUUUCCAAACAAAAAGAACUACCUUGCAUUCGACCUCCUGUCCUGGCUCCCAGCCCCCGUGCACGCGGCGUGGUGCCCGCGCGGGGCCGAGAGCACCCGCUGCAGGAGCCUGGGAGUCGCCGGGCUUCUGGGUUUGCAAUCACAUUGAAUGUAUGAAGAAUAAAAUCAAAACCUUAUUUUUGUACAGUUUUGAAGUUUAUACUUAGAACUGACCGCCUCCCCGGCCACGCGGAAAGCUGUACAGUGUAUAAAUCUCCUUUACCUGGCAUUGAUUGGUACAGUAUUUUUGCAUCUGUGGGACCUACUUUUUCGUUCAGUAGUUUGAACUAUAUAUAAACUGUACAAUCUGUAAAGUUUUUAUAGAAUAAAUAUUCAGCUGUGAAAACUGGUUAAAUAAACUAAUAUUUCUUAAC